UUAAACCCCAAGCACUUUUACUGCUCUAUCUAUACCUAGUAUCGUCUCUGAUUUAAUUCAGUCGAACAACACACUGCAAUGGCGAGACUUGCAACUCCCGGUGUGACGAUGCCGCAAGUCGAUUCCAGUAAGACCAAAGCGGACGAGAAAGUGGACUACAAGAAUCUACCAUGUCCUAUCCCUUUUGAAGAAGUCCACCGAGAAGCUCUCAUGUCUUUAAAGCCAGAACUUUUUGAAGGAAUGCGCUUUGAUUUUACCAAAGGACUUAAUCAAAAUUUUUCUCUUAGUCACAGUGUGUCGAUGGGACCUAUGGAAAUUCCUUCUCAGUCCUCCGAAACUAUCAAAAUCCCAACUGCUCACUAUGAGUUUGGUGCCAACUUUCUUGACCCAAAGUUGAUGCUUGUUGGGAGGGUAAUGACAGAUGGGAGACUUAAUGCAAGGGUGAAGUGUGAUUUGACUGACAACCUUACUUUAAAAGCUAAUGCUCAGCUGACAAGUGAGCCUCAUAUGUCUCAUGGCAUGGGCAACUUUGAGUACAAGGGUAAAGAUUAUCGUGCCCAAUUACAAUUGGCAAAUGGUGCCUUUUUCGGAGGCAGUUACAUCCAGAGUGUGACCCCACAUUUGUCUUUGGGUGGUGAAAUCUUUUGGGCUGGGCAGCAUCGCAAAUCAGGUGUCGGAUAUGCUGGUCGAUACGAGACAGAUAAGAUGGUUGCCACUGGACAAGUUGCCACCACUGGGAUGGUCGCUUUGAGCUACGUUCAGAAGGUAUCUGAGAAGGUUUCUCUAGCGACAGACUUCAUGUAUAACCUCCCAUCAAGAGAAGCAACAGCAAGUGCUGGUUACGAUUACAUCCUUAGACAGAGUCGGCUGAGAGGAAAGAUUGAUUCAAAUGGAUGUGUGGCUGCUUAUCUAGAAGAGCGUUUAAAUAUGGGUCUUAAUUUUAUUCUUUCUGCGGAGUUAGAUCAUAAAAAGAAAGACUACAAAUUCGGGUUUGGUUUGACAGUGGGGUAACUGCGGAGGAGAACCCAAUUCUGUAUUUUAAAUCUGUGUAAGUUCAUUGCGGUACCAACUUGGCAAAUUUUCUGGAUACUAGCAUUUCUGCAGAAAGAUCGAAAGAUGUCUUUUGCACUGCUGAGCGUGUUUCAUGGUGCAAUAAUGUGCUGCUGUGGCAGGUUAAUCAGUUGUUACUUUAUUUGGCAGUUUGGAUCCAUUAUUUUUAUACAUUAAGAGCUUAGAACAAUUCGAUUGAGUGAAAUUUAUCAUUUCCAUGGAGCCAUUUUUAGACUGAAUUCGGGAACGUGAAUGACAAGCUAUCCCACUGAGAUUCAUCGGUUUUGUGGUUUUCAUUGAUAUCAUGACUCGAGGCUUUUCUUU